UCGUCAAGGAAGAGAGAAGUGAGGAGGAGAGAAGAAAUGUCACUGUCGUUGUAUUUAACAAACGUUAAUGUGUCUUUGGGACAAACUAUGGACAUAGAUAAGAAUUCCGGUGUGGCGAAGGACUUUGAAAAUGUUGAACUUGGGGAUGUGGGAGUAAACAAGCAGCCGAAGAUACCACGAAGAACGAUCUACUUUGCCAGUGGAGAAACCAUGGAGGAAUACAGCACAGAUGAAGAGGAAGAGGAAGAACCAGUGAAAAACAAUGCUAUGAACACAGUUGAUCCUACUAAGUUGACCUGGGGGCCAUACUUUUGGUUUCAGAUGUGGAGGGUUGCUACCUCCACCAUCUCAGUCUGUGACUAUCUUGGUGAAAGACUGGCUUCGCUGCUUGGCAUCACGUCACCUAAAUACCAGUAUGCAAUUGAUGAGUACUACAGGAUAAAGAAAGAGGAGGAAGAGGAAGAGGAAGAUAACCGUCUCUCUGAAGAGGCCGAACGGCGCUUUCAGGAGCAGCUCAGCCAGGAUGGACAGCAGCCAAAGACAGAGCAGCCGGAGGCUACUCCCUCAUUUGUGAAUGUUACUUUUGAACUGGAGCAGGAACCACAUAGCACAGCUGAUGCUAACAAAGUCCCUGCCCCAAUUCCUUCCUCUUAAAGCGUCCCAUUAAACAUGUAUCAUUUUAUGUAUUAGUGCAAUGCCUUUUCUAAUUAUAUUUUGUGUGUUUGUUUUUUGUUUUGUUUUUUUUGUAAGCUUGAAGUACAUGAUCGUAGUUGUGGUCCAUUUGAAAAAGAACUUGAACAAAGUGUUGACCUCUUGCUUUCUUCGCAAGUACAAGAGUAAGAUCAGUAUGUGCUACUAUGAGUCCUGUUGUUGAUUUCUUGUGGACAUUUCUAUGCAACCCAUCUGAAAAUCCUUUUCAAAGCUGGGCAAAUCACUAUGGUUGCCACAUUUUUACAGUCAUUAUUCUCAGGAUUUCUAAUUAACAUAAUAAAAAAACGAUCAGAUACUAAUACAUGCAUACUGUUGAAAGAAAAUGACUUGCUUCAGAAAGGUAAAAUAUUCAGUCACUCAACCUACCGUGGAAGAACUCAGGUUGACCAUAAAACCAGUAUGCCUCAUGAGGCCAUGGUCAACAAGCUACAGAGAAAAGGGUUUUCAAGAGGCCUUCUCAUAGCCCCAUGCUUGAUAAAACUCACAGGCUGUUAUAUCAUCAGAAAUAAAGGCUAUGUUCACAGUAGACCUUAAUGAACUAUCAAUUGUUAAUGACAACACCUAUGAAUUAAAUGUGCAUACAUUUUUCUUUUGCCUCUGAACCAAAUUAACUUGAUUUUCUGACUUAAUCUCAGUACUUUUCUCCCAAUACAAAAACAGCAAAAACUUUUUUAAGUUACAAAAAAGGUGUAUAAUUUAUUCAUGUAAAAUAACUGAGACAUUUUUUUAUUAUUUCUUUUUGUACAUACCUUAAUAAAAAUUUAC